AUCAGCUCCAAGUACAUAAAAGAACACAUACUGGAGAAAAACCCUAUGGAUGUGAUGAAUGUGGUAAAGCCUUUGCAAGUCAGCAAUAUCUCCAAAUCCAUAAAAGAACACAUACUGGAGAGAAAUCCUGUGAAUGUAAUGAAUGUGGUAAAGCUUUUGCAACUCAGCAAUGUCUCCAAAUACAUAAAAGAACACAUACUGGAGAGAAACCCUAUGAAUGUAAUGAAUGUGGUAAAACCUUUGCACAACAGGGUCAUCUCCAAGUACAUAAGAGAAUACAUACUGGAGAAAAACCCUAUGAAUGUAAUGAAUGUGGUAAAGCCUUUGCCCGACAGAGUUAUCUCCAAGUACAUAAAAGAAUACAUAGUGGAGAGAAACCUUAUAAAUGUGAUGAAUGUGGUAAAGCCUUUACACAACAGUGUCAUCUCCAAGUACAUAAAAAUACACAUAUUGGAGAGAAACUCUAUGAAUGUAAUUAACGUGGUAAAGGUUUUCCAAGUCAAGAUUAUCUCCAAAUACAUGAAAGAACACAUACUGAAAAGAAACUCUAUACAUGUAAACCAUGUGGCCUUUGAAUAUAAGAAUCACCUUCGAAAACAUGAAAGACCAGUUAUUGAAGAUAGUUAGGAGAAAUUGGAACAAUAUCUUUCUGAGUUUGAAGCCAAAUGGUCCACGCAGUGUACUUUAGAAUAUCAUUGAUUAUGUAGAGAUAACCUGGCUCAAAAAAACAAGCAAACAAACAAACAGAUAAAAAAACACACAAAAAAUGAAAACCAAAUAUGAAAUUCACAUCAUCAAGAGGAUUUUGUGAACAAUGAAAAUAUGAAGCUAUAUAGAGAAUUCAUUUACAGGAUAUAAAUCCAUAUAAUCCUUUGAAAAAUACACCAAUGGCUUAUGCUCUAAGAUCAAGAAUAGACAAAUGAGACCUCAUAAAACUACAAAGCUUCUACAAGCCAAAGGACACUGCCAUUAGGACAAAAUGGCAACCAACAGAUUGGGAAAACAUUUUUACCAAUCCUACAUCCAAUAGAGGGCUAAUAUCCAAUACAUACAAGGAACUCAAGAAGUUAGACUCCUAAGAGCCAAAUAAUCCUAUUAAAAUGGGGUUCAGAGCUAAACUAAGAAUUCUCAGCUGAGGAAUAUUGAAUGGCUGAGAAGUACCUAAAGAAAUGUUCAACAUCAUUAGUCAUCAGGGAAAUGCAAAUCAAAAGAACCCUGAGAUCUUACCUUACACCAGUUAAAAACUCAGGUGACAACAGAUGCUGGCGAGAAUGUGGAGAAAGAGGAAUAAUCCUCUGUUUUUGGUGGGAUUGCAAGCUGGUACAACCACUCUGGAAAUCAUUCUGGAGGUUCUUCAGAAAAUUGGACAUUGCACUACGUGAGGACUCAGCAUUAUCACUCCUGUGCAUAGAUGCACAUGAUCCUCCAACAUACAACAAAGAUACAUGUUCCACCAUGUUCAUAACAGCCUGAUUUAUAAUAACCAGAGAGAAAGUGUACAUGUACACAAUGGAGUACUACUCAGGUAUCAAAAACAAUGACGUCCUGAAAUUCAUAGGCAAAUGGAUGAAACUGGAAAAUAUCAUCCUGAAUGUGCUAACGCAGUUACAAAAAACCACACAUGGUAUGCACUUACUGGUAAGGGAAUAUUAGCCCAAAAACGCGAAUAACCCAAGACACAAUCCACAGACCACAAGAUGCUCAAGAAGGAUGACCAAAAUGUGGAUGCUUCACUCCUUCUUAAAAGGAGGAACAAGAAUUUCAUAAGAGGAGAUAUGGAGACAAUGUUUGGAGCAGAGACUGAAGGAUUCAGAGAGUGCCCCACCUGGGGAUCCUGACAUAUAUAAACAGUUACCAAACCUAGACAAUAUUGAUGAAGCCAAAAUGUGCAUGCUGACAGGCAUCUGAUAUAGCUGUCUCCUAAGAGGCUCAGCCAGAGCAUGACAAACACAGAGGCAAAUGCUAGCAGCAAACCACUGAACUCAGAAUAGUGUCCCCACUGGAGGAUGUAGAGAACAGAUUGAAGGAGCUGAAGGGGUUUACAACCCAAUAAGAACAACAAUAUCAGCCAAUCAGAGCUCCAGGGAUUAAACCACUAUCCAAAGACUACACAUGAAUGGACCCAUGGCUCCAGCUCUAUAUGUAGCAGAGGAUGGCUUUGUUGGGCCCCAAAGGAAGGAGAAGCCCUUGGUCCUGCCAAGGCUGGACCCCCCAGUGUAGGUUAAUGUCAGGGCAGGGAGGCAGGAAGUGGAGGUGGUUUGGUAGGGGCAGUAACCCUUAUAGAAGAAGGGGUAGGGCUAUGCAUUAGGGGAUUUUUGGAUGGAAACCAGGAAAGGGAAUAACAUUUGAAAUGUAAAUAAAAAAUAUCCAAUAAAAUUAAUUGAAGAAAAAAAAUCCAUAUAACCCUUUGUUGACUGCAUGAUAAUAGACAAGACUUUUAUCACUUUUAAAAGACCAGAGGAGUAAUGGAGCAUCAUCAUUUCGUAUAAUGAUGUUUUUGGACCUGGGAUCUUUUCUCAGUGAUACUGCUUUUGAUGGAUAUCCAAAUUUGCUUCCCAGCAUCGACAUCAAAUGAAUCAGAUCUUUCAUGAUUCCAAGAAAUGUUAUGCAUGCCUCUGGCUUGCUUAGGCACCAGGUAUACAUCAAUGUAAGGACAUAGUGACUCCAUAUUGGGAAAUUUUUUUCUCAUGUAUACAGGUUAUUUUUAUUAAAUUUUUUUAAUUUAGUUGUAUACAGUUUGGCAUUGUGUUUGUCAAAAGCUUUCUAGGUAGAAGCAGAGUCCAGACUAAGGGAUAUAUUGUUGUGGGCUGUCUUGUAGGAUGCUGGGUAUCAAAGCAAGACUCUGGAUAUUUAGAUCAGCCAUGAUGUUCCAAAAGAAAUAGAAUAUUGAUACCAUCAGAAUCUAGCUUAGACUUGGUGCUUAAUGAAGGUUCUGAGCCUAAACCUCCAAAAUAUGAAAGAGUACAAAGAAUGUUCAGGGGAGACAAUACACAUGUUUAACAAUGGCUGAUUGGUAGACCAUAGCCACAGGACUAAGUUAAUCUCAAACAUGGUAAAUAGGCAGGAUAGAGAACCCAAAAGAACAAAUACAGUUCAGUCAUGCCAUCUGGAAAAUGAAUUUGCAACUGGGUUGUCUGAAAGUGGGGGUAUUCUGCUUUCUUCCUGCAAAUCAGUCAGGGAAGAGCUGAAUGUGUUGGUAAUUCCACAAGAUAUCAAGGUUGUCAUGGGUCUAAAGACUUAACCAGAAGCUACUAUAAGGCUUGAGCAAUCUGGUAUUUAAAACACCACCAUUGGAAUUGAGGGAAACUUUGGGAGGGAGUUUUGGCUAUAAAGUCAGAGCAUCAAUAGGUCAGCUGGCAAUGUGAAAAAUGUACCUGAAGCCCAGCUGGCUCAUACUGUCCUUUCUCUAUGUUCACUCAUCAUUUUUUACCAGAUACAUUCAGGUCACUUACUCUCUCAUUUUCUUGGCAAUUAUAUUGUAUUUGUCAUAAUACCUUACAGGGUCCUACUUGGCUAUUCGUCUUUUGAGUUUAAAUCUAGCAAGUCUGACACUGUCAUUCCAGUAAGCUACCUCAAUGGCAGAAAUAAGGAUGAACUAAAGAGUCACUUAUGUCUUUUUUUUUUUUUUUUUACAAUUGCAGUUAAUCACGUGGAAUUUUUCAUUUACCCAGAAAUAUCUUUUGGAAGAAACUAUGUCCUACAGAGGUGAUUGUCCCUGCUUAAGAAACAUUAAACCUUAUCUGAAUGCCUUGCACAUGAUAGAGGUGCUUAAUACAUUUGAGGGAAAAAUUUGUCUUAUAACUUGGUUAGAUUACUUGAGUGUGCAUAUCUCUUGCCUUCUGUGUAAACAUGAUAGGACCACAAAGUAAGAUUAGUCAACUUAUAUCUUGAUCACUGUACCAAUUUAGACACACUGAAUAAUUUGAUUUUGUUUUGUAUUCUUUUAUUUCUUGUAUAAGAGUCUCACUAUGUAUCCAUUAUUGACCUGGAUCUCAAUAUAUAGACUAGGCUGUUCUAGAACAUCAAAGUGAACUGCCCAGCUUGCCUGCAAAUAACUGCAUUAUAGGUGGGCUUAUCAUAGCUAUAUAGUUUGCUUAUUUGAAUUUUCUUAAAAAUGGAUGAGUGUCUGAGCCUGACUGUUUAGGGAAGCCAGGACAAAGUCCCUUGUCAUAAUUCCAGUGACAAGAAGGAUCCAUCUUAGGCAGCACUUCUGUCUUAAAUUCUAUUAUCCUGGAAAGAUGAGCAAUAUACUUUUUCUUCAUUAUUGUUUCUCUUUUAACUCAUCAAUGUCUAGGGCAGAGUUCUAACCUUAUUUUGCCGAUUAUGAAUCCCUGGCUCAUGGAAGUGGUUGCAUUUUCAAUGUAAUGAAGUACAGUUGCGCAUAUUUUUCAUCUAAUCAUUCUAGUUUCUUACUGAAUGAAGUUUAAAAACAGCCUACUAACCCAGGUAUGAUGGCAGAAGACUGUCCCUCAGAAAUAAAUGUAGGAGUUUCAGGAUUUUUAUGAACAAAGGUGAGAGUGAUCAAUGUGGUAUAGUUGGAGACACACAGAACCAUGAGAUUCUGUGAUUUAUGCCCAUAGUCCUCUCUCGAGAUUCAGAUCUGCAGGGUCAUGGCUCUAGUAAGUGUUAUCUCUGGAUCUCAGAUUGAUUCUGUCCCCUAGGUUAUGGGAACCUAUAGUAAGGGAACACAAAGAAUAGAUAUAAUGAUACUUUCUAGUUAUAGCUCAGAUGUCAAAGCAGUUUGUUCAAUAUACUCAAAAUCUGAGAAUACACCAGCUGUUAAUAAAAUUGCAUCAGGGUUAUUGAAUUAUACAAAAAAGUUUUGAUAAACUAUCCAUUUGUAUUCCUUUGAAGCCUGAAGUUCAUCUGUUUCAGCCUUAUAAUACAUUAUGUUUUUCUCUAUGGUAUGGUACUUCACACUGACUGUCACAUUGGGUAUAAGAGUCACUUUACACAGAUCCAAGCUGCUAUAACAUUGCCCACACUCUAAAACUGUCACCUGUUUCAGCGUUGCUACAAGAUUUAUAAGACACAAGAGACUUUAGUGAAAGUCAUGAGACACCACUCCUGAUUGCACAUUUUAUUUUGCAUUUCAACAGUUUAUUAUAACUACCUUUUGGUUGUUUUCCUUUCUAUCAGAGACUAAAUUUAAAUUGUAUAUUCUUAUUUAGGUUUAUCUUUGCCAUAAUAAAUGCAUAAUUACAAAAACUCCAGGCCUCUAUAUCUAGCCAAACUCACUUAACAUAGAUGGAUAAACCAAGAUAUUCCAUAACAAAAAGAAAUUUACACAAUAUCUUACCAUAAAUCCAGCCCUACAAAGGAUAACAGAUGGAAAAUUCCAACACAAGGAGGGAAAUUACACUGUAGAAAAAGCAAGAAAGUAAACUUGCUAGAAACCCAAAUGAAGAGAGCCACACAAACGUAAUUCCACCUCUAACAACAAAGAUUACAAGAAACAAUAAUCACUAUUCCUUAAUAUCUCUUAACAUCAAUGGACUUAAUUCCUCAAUAAAAAGACAGAGACUAACAAAUUGGAUACUGAAACAGGACCCAGCAUUUUGCUGAAGGCAGGAAACAUAUGUCAGAUGAGCUUUUACACUCAGUGUAAAAGGUUAGAAAACAAUUUUCCAAGCAAAUGGUCCCAAAGAGAGAACCUGGAGCAUCCAUUCUAAUAUCCAGUAAAAUUGACUUUCAACCAUAAGUUAUCCAAAAAGAUAAAGGAGGAUACUUUAUAUGCAUUAAAAGAAAAAUCCACCAAUGUGAAAUCUCAACUCUGAAUAUCUGUGCUCCAAAUGCAAGGGCACCUACAUUCAUAAAAAAAAAUCCUUAUUAAAGCUCAAAGCACACAUUGCACCUCACACAAUAAUAGUAGGUGAUUUCAAUAACUCACUCUCAGCAAUGGACAGAUCAUGGUAACAGAAACUAAACAGAAACAUAGAGAAAGUAACAGAAGUUAUGGGUCAAAUGGAUUUGACAUAUUUUUAGAACAUUUCAUCUAAAACAAAAGAAUAUACCUUAUUCUCAGUGCCUCAUGGUACUAUCUCCAACGCUGACCAUAUAAUCGGCCACAAAACAGGCCUCAACAGAUAUAGGAAGAUUAAAAUAAUCCCAUGCCUCUUUUUAGAUCACCAAGGACUAAAGCUGGUGGUCUUCAAUAACAACAAAAACCAGAGAGAGCCCACCUACACAUAGAAGUUGAACAACUCUACUCAAUGAUAACUUGGUCAAGGAAGAAAUAAAGGAAUUAAGGAAUUUUUAGAAUGUAAUGAAAAUGAAACACAACAUACCCAAACUAAUGGGAGACAAUGAAAGCAGUGCUAAGAGGAAACCUCAUAGCUCUGAGUGCCUGCAGAAAGAAACAGGAGAGAGCAUAUAUCAGCAACUUGACAGCACACAUAAAAGCUCUAGAACAUAAAGAUGCAAAUACAGGAGAAGUAGAAGGCAGGAAAUAAUCAAACUCAGAGCUGAAAUCAACCAAGUAGAAAGAAAAAAGGCCACACAAAGAAUCAAGAGAAUUAAAGUUGGUUCUUUUAGAAAAUCAACAAGAUAGAUAAACCCUUAGCCAGACUAACGAGAGGACACAGAGAGUGUGUCCAAAUUAACAAAAUCAGAAAUGAA